GUCCGGCAUCGAGGUGGUGGGCGUAGUCCUUGGUACCAUACCGCUCCUCAUAUCGGCCCUGGAGCAUUACCGACACGGCGCCUCGGCGAUACGAAUCUGGCGUAGGUAUGACAGAGAAAUCAAAAGCCUAAUAACCGACCUCGAGAAUGAAAGAAUCAGACUUCAGGAUGUGAGUGAGAAGCUUCUCACUGGCAUCGUUCCGGACUCUAAAGUCGAUGGCAUGGUCAAUGACCCAUUUGGCCCCUCGUGGCAUGAAGAUGCCGUUCGCAAGAUGAUUGAAGCCAGGCUUUGGAACCCGAGAUCCUAUCAGAUCUUGCUGGAAAAGGUUGGGGACAUCAAAUUGGCUAUCGAAGACAUAGCAAAGUCGAUCGAUCUGCCACUGAAUGGCGAGGUAAAGCAUGCUUCAUCCGACGGCGCACCUUUCUCUACAGCGCUGAAACGCAUCAUGUUCGCUGUCGGAAAGUCCACGUAUACGGAGUCAAUGACAAUCAUAAAGAACAACAUUACCGAUAUUGAGUCGCUGGUGGAUCGAAGCAUCGGAAUGGCUCCUAGGAGAGAAUCACGAGCGCGAGGCAGGACAAUGCAGCUAAUUCACGAACUGGCAGAAAGCGUUCAUCGAGUGCUACUGUCCAGUUUCCCAGGCAGUUGCUCGCAUGAAGUGUAUCUGCAAGUUAUGCCACAGGUGCUUGGGAGAAUAGCUCGCCGCAGUGACGACGAUAUCCUACGGAAGAUUGAGAUUCCUAUAUCCAUGAAUUUUGGCAUAGCUGACCAGGCCGCCGGCUUUCAUCAAGGAUCUAUGUGGGAAGAGAUUAUUAUCCCCUACCAUCAACUCAAAAAAGCUCAGCGCUCAGUUGACACCGACAAACCAGCAGGCACUGACUUCCUUCCCGCCGCUCUAAAUUCUGAUGUCAAGAUCGACAUAGCUGCCCCAAACCCGAUAGUCAAUCUUUGCGAAGAAAUCCGAAAGCGACAAACCCAGGGCGGUACCGGCUCUUACGGAGAAAUCACAGACAAGACUUCGGGGAAGUCUAGAGAAUAUCGCAUCUACCCUGGCAAAUGCCUGCCCAGCCGUGAUGCUUGGAGUGCUGUAGCUUUGCAGGAGGUCCUCGAGGAUUCGAACAAGUAUUCCGGAUUACACGGGCAAUACGUAACGAAGAGGAAAUUGGCUGCCUCUAUUUCUGUCGGCUUCCUACAGCUCCAUCAGACGAACUGGCUACCGGAUAUAGUCACAAGUCGCGAUAUCUUGUUUUUGAGGAAGGACUCUCUACUUCGUUACAGCGACACUUUUGUCAUGGCUACCCUACCCGAAAUGUGGACGGAAGAUCAGUGGAACAAAUGAAGCCCUCAUUCGGUUGUCGCAACGCAGCGUUGGUCUCACUCGGCAUUCUACUCGCGGAGCUCGGGUGCGGAAGAACCAUGGGGUCGAUGCGGAAUACCGACGAAAAGGCAAUGCUCUGCGUCUCACGGCUGAUGUGCGAUAGACUGACGGCGUAUCGAGUG